GACGACGACGGCUUCAACGCAUUCAUUUACCUAAGAGAUGGUAAUAAUAAUCGUUUGUGACUUGGCUGGCAAUUGAAAGUGCAUCUUUCGAGUCUUCACUUGCCAUUACCAUCCACAAUAGCCACCGCACCCCCUCUAGUGGGAUAUAGUGUACAGUAUGUAUUAGCUUCCUAGUCGUAGGAGUCGGGUAGAUAUGCAAGGAAUACUGUUGAAGGGAACAGGCUUUACUUUUGUCGCUUCCCUUAGUAGGAAUAAACAAAAGCUGCACGAAGAUCGACGGGGUGUGAAGAUGCACGAGUGUGCCGCCGCUGGGAUAAACAUUUUCGCAAAUAAAUAAGUGACUUUCACUCCAACCGAGUCAUUCCCAGCCGGUAAUGGUAAGGGUAACUAUACGAUUAGGAGAUAAUCGCAAAUCCUGACAUACUUACCAGUCAUGCGGUUUGGGAGAGGCAAACGGUUAUAGGGUCGUAUUCUUUGCUUCAUUUUCAUUUAUUUGCUACGCGAUGUAGAUUUAACUGGAUCAUUUCAAAUCAUAUAACAUGAGCAUAGAACCGUAGAAAAUAAAUAUCCAAAAAUGUAAUUAGCCAUCAAUACACAACCCUGGAUUGCAUUCGGCUCCCGGAAGGAUGCCCGGCAUAUACCUACUACAUCAGAGACCAACUGGUGCAACAGGAAACAUGUAAAUGUUUAUUUAUUACAACGAAUACGAUUUUAAUGUUAUUCCGCUAGCAAGGUAUAUUCAUUCUCUCUUGUGGCAUUAGCAACCGAACGACCGGGGGCGGAAGGAAGAGCCGAGAGCUGCUGCUUAGUGCCGUAUGCUUGUGCAGCUGUGCAAUUUUCUAUUUGCUUCCGUUACGGAUGCGGAUGCAAAUUUCACCUUUUACAUCCAAUUGCGCUGUCAUCUGUGCUCCGGCGAACACGGAAAUUGAAAGGCUCAAAGAGUCAGCUGGUAGCUGGAUUGUGCUCUGCUUAUUGUUGCAAUCAAGGAUCACUCAGCAAUGUUACUGUCAACCGAAUCUGAGCCCGAGAGACUGACAUUGUUAGUGAAAACAGGAUCGCUACAACGUCCGGUAAAUUCCGGUAAAUACCAACAGUCGAGCAAGGUUUGCCUAUUCUAGUCAAAUGGAAGAUGUUUUGCCGUCACUCCUUGCUGAGCUACGUCGACGACGUGUGAACCAUGUUUUCUCAUGUUUCGUAUUCUACUAAAAAAACACUAAGACGCUCCAAAAAACUUCAGUCAUACGUUUUGCACUUCGUCAUCUGCCAUGAUAACCUUUCCCGUUAUGCUGAUCGCUGCAAUCCACCUUGAUCCACUAAGCCUUAGGAGAGUGAAUAAAGUUGUUAUUCACCAUUGCAACACAUAUGGUUAAAGUUGUCCCCAUUUUCUAACAUUGAUAGAAAAUUUCAUCAAUAGUGACUGGUUACGUAAAUUAUAGUUUAUAUUACCCUCAAUAAUAAUUAUUAGCUUGCUGAAAAAGCUGUUCGCUCUAUCGCAUCAACAUUGCUGAUCGAUGAUGAAUAAGGCGCCUCCAUCAUAUCCAUAGGAAAUGCAUACGCAUGGUUGCAUUUAAAUUUGCAAUAUUGUGCUUCGUAUUUCAUGAAGAAUAUUUUCAUACUCAGGGUGACAAAUUUGCAAUUAAAAUUAAAAGUGUACUUGAAGAUUAAUUUAAUUAGGUUACUUCGCAUUGAGCCUAUAACCAAUUGUGUUUGUCAAUACCAUACAGAGUUUUAGCGACAUCACAAAAUUAAUUUAAAAAAUAUUUUCCUGAAAACCUCAAUCGUGGUAAAUCCCUGAGCGCCUAGCUUUAGCUGUAUGUCAUAUCACAUAUUAGAUUCUCAUCCAACUGUGGUUGCACCGUGAACAAUUAAUUCUGCGAAUUUGUCGGUGGCAGUUCUGGGUUCUGUUGCAAACACGGAUUAUCGUAUUUCCUCUCAUCGACGUAUGACAGUGGUGAUGUAGCCAAUUUGGAUUGCCUUGAUAAUCACUUCCGCCAGCAAACCGGAAAAUUAAUCCGAUCGUCACACUCUGUCCACGCGCUUUGUAAGGAUUCCAACGUACGUCAGCGUCAAAGCAUCCUGCCUCGCGUUUCCCCCACUCGUUUCAACGAAAGCCGCUCCUACCAAACAUAUGCAUCUCUAUGCGUUCCUUAGCUUCGAGCGGUUAACGGAGCAAAAGAUAAUUACGCGCGAAUGUGGCCCUUAUGAAACCAUACUAAUUUACGGAAACGGAAUUGAACCAUUUGUAUAAAAGCGCUCAGAAUUAACCGGUCCGCAAUCAAUCAGGAUCAAGCACCAUCACCGGCUGGCAAUAAAGUGUUCAGUCACAGCAACGAACUGCAUCACAACCCAGCAGUAGCCCUCCGGUAACGACCACGAAAGCCCGAAGCAACCGGAAGCAGUGGAAAUGGAUCUGGUGAAACUGUUCAGUGUGCUGUUAAUCUGUGCCUCUUUGAUCUUUGUCUGUGAAGCGCAGCUCACAUUUACACCAUCCUGGGGCAAACGGUCUUCGACUCCGCUGGCGCUGAAUAUGCAAAACACUUUUGGCGUUCAGGAUGGCUGUAAAACACCUGUCGACUCGCUGAUGGUAAUCUACCGAAUGAUUCAGACUGAAGCCCAGAAAAUCUUAGAAUGCAACCAGAAGUAGGCAGAUAGAAGCUGUCAUCGUAAAAUCAACUCGACAGUGGAUUCAGUUCCGACCAGCGGAGAAUGCAUUUUAUUUUUUUACUCUACUUGAUGGACACCAAAAGUGUGUAUACCACCAGGUAUCACGUUCACGAUUCGUUUGCCUAAUGUAUACACAUACCCAUAUAAGAUAAAGCAGAUCACAGAAAAUGGCAUAAGUGGAAAACCGUGUUAUCAUUUAUGAGUCCUUGAUUAUAGUUCCCGAUUUGCGUAAUCUAAAAAAAGAAAGAGAAACAUGUACCAAUGCAUUAUUCCUAGUUUUUCUCCUACGUUAGAAGUGGACAUGUUAUGUAGUUCGAAGCAAUCAGUGAAAUGUGAAUCAAUCUUUUGUGCUCAAAGCAGGUGCGAUUUCCGCCUACAUAUCAUGUAGAACGGUAGCACAUGAAUGGCACAGGUGGUGACUCUAACAUUUCGGGGUCAUCAUUUCGUAAAAAACGAUCCUCGUUAGUAAGAGGCCUCGGAUUGAAAACUAAAUGAAUCAUUCUGCAGCCUUUGCGAUUAAGGACAAUUUGUCCUCAAACUUGGCUUUACAGUCUCGGAGCAAUUUUCGUCAUUGGCCACUUAUUA